CUCACCGUCUAGCUGGUGCAACCUACCUCCAUCUCUAACACACAGAAAGUAUGUCGAAAAUCAGCAACGAACGCAACCUCAAGAUUCUUCAGGAGCUCGUCGCUAAGCCAGGCAACGAUGUAUGCGCAGAUUGCAAGUCGCGCGCGCCUAGAUGGGCUUCCUACAACCUCGGCAUCUUCCUCUGCGUCAGCUGUGCGAGCAUCCACCGUAAACUUGGCGUUCACAUCAGCAAAGUAAAGAGUCUGACGCUCGAUGCAUGGACCAAGGAGAACGUCGAGACAAUGCAGAAGGUGGGAAACAUCAAAGCGAAUGCCUUUUACAACCCGGACGAGGUCCGUCAUCCGCCGCCGACGAAUAUGGUGGAUUCAGAGCGCGACAGCGAGCUCGAAAAGUUCAUACGAGCAAAGUAUGAGUUCAAGCGCUUCGUGAAACCUAAAUCUACAGCCCGCCUCGCCCCAGGUUCGGUCCCAGGCACGAGCAACCCCUCUUCCAUUUCUUCCUCGUCAGGGGCAGCUGCACUCCAGCGUGAGCAGCAGCAGCGCAAGGCCUCUGCGCCCGUCAGCUCUUCUACCUCUCUCGCUCCGCCAUCGGCGCCUCCAAAACUCCACACGUCGCGGAGUAAUCCCAACCUCUCUCAGCCCCAGCCCCAGACUCAACCGCAGGCACCCGCUGCACCAUCCCACCCGACGCAGGCGCCGUCUGCCCCUGCUGCCCCGACCGGCGGUGUCUGGGGUGACCUCGUCUCGCUGCAAGGCCCGUCGCAGAGCUCGUCUCUCCCUCUCCAGUACGCUGCUCAGCCGCAACCCCAGCUGUCAAUGACCAUGCAUCCGGGAUCCACGGGAUUCGGCGGCGGGAUGAGCGGGCCGUACUCAGGCGCGACCCAAGGCGCACCGCUUGGCAACAUGUACACCGGGAUGCCGUUCAACAGCUCGCCUGUUUCGGGGACUGGAGUGUUUGGGUCUAUGGGACCGAUGGGGGCGGCGGGGGGUAUGGGCGGUAUGGGUUCGAUGGACUCGAUGAACUCGUUCGGCUCCGGUUCUUUUGGGUCGAUGGGCUCGAUGAACUCGAUGGGUUCGCUCGGGUCGAUGCAUACCGGGAUGAGCUCGACAAAUCCUUUCCAGCAGCAGCAGCAGCAGCAGCAGCAGCAGUUUGCCGGUAUGCAGCCGCAGAUGGGCAUGGGUAUGAGCGGGAACGCGUUCCAGUCGCAAAUGCAAAUGCCGAUGAAUACCGGCAUGCCCAUCCAGCAGCCUGCGCCCCUUUCCUUCGGCCAACAGCAGUCGUUUGGUGGUGGUGGGCUGCAGCCUCCGCAGGGCGCCCCGCAGCCGUCGCACUCGGCACCCAUCAUGGGCCAGAGCCAGCAGUCGUUCGCGAGCUCGCCGCAGCCGUUUGGAGGGCACACACCGCAGCCAUUUGGGCAGGCCAAUUCGGGCUUCACGCCUCAGGGUCCCCAGUUCGGCGGCGGUUAUUUCCAGGCUGGUCAGCAGCAGCAGAUGUACCCUGGUGCGGGCGGGGGUGCAUUCGGGUCCAUGUAGUGUGGUCGGUUGUUUAGUUGGUGGGUAGUGGUUAUCCUAUCUUCAGGGCAUGUUAUCGGAUUCGAGGACUAUUGAGCCUUGGUUGACGGAUGAUAAAGGUGAUAACCCAAGCUGUGGACUAUAGGUUACUGUGGAACCGUUAUUGGUUGUUUACGACUAACGCUCAAUAUACC